AUGCCUGCCGCCAUUCCGUCGGCGCGGAAGCUGCCGCCGAGUAUCGACGACAUACUCAAAGCUAAGCGGGAGAAGGAAGCUGCUGAGGCCAAACCCAGGUUCAUUCCUCGGGCGGAAAGAGAGCGCAUUGCCUUGGAGAAAAGGAAAAAAGAAGUCGAGGAUGCGCAGAAAAAGCGGGAGGGGCUAUCGGGUGGUGAUGAUCGCGCAUGGAAACCGCAACACGAUACUCGUCCGCCCACCGGUCCACGAUCCAUGCGCGAGGCGCCAACGGGGCCUCGACAUGAGCGCAGGAACGAUAACAUGGCACCUCCACCGUUGCCCGACAAGAAGCACGGGAAACGGCCGGCGGACGAGAACCCUGAGGCGGCAUUGAUCAGGCAACGGUACAUGGGCCCAGAGCAAAAUCAAUCCACCUUUUCGGCCAAGAAGAAGCGCAAGAGGACUACAGAGAAGAAGUUCAACUUUGAAUGGAACGAAGAAGAGGACACCAGCCAAGACUACAAUCCCAUCUAUCAGCAAAAGGCCGAGGUCAGCUUCCGACUUGGCGGCUUCUCCGACGAAGUCACAGACGCAGCUAGGCAGAAGAUGAUUGAGGCCAUUAUCGAGCGGGACCCCGAGAACGGCAGAGCACGUGCCGAACAACUGCGCGAGAUGGAGCGGCGGCGAAAGGAAAAGGGUGGGCGCUCACAACUGGACAAACACUGGAGCGAGAAGAGACUGGAGAAUAUGCGCGAGCGUGACUGGCGUAUCUUCAAAGAGGACUUCCAAAUUGCUACUAAGGGAGGCUCAAUACCAAAUCCCAUGCGCAACUGGCAAGAAGCUGGGCUUCCAGAUCAGCUUAUGCGUAUUGUCGACCAGGUCGGGUACACGGAGCCCACGCCUAUCCAACGUGCUGCCAUACCCAUCGCCUUGCAAUGCCGAGAUCUCAUCGGUGUCGCUAAAACAGGUUCAGGUAAAACUGCUGCUUUCCUUCUACCACUGCUUGCAUACAUUUCACAACUACCUCCUCUUGAUGCAAUCAACCGUCACGAUGGCCCGUAUGCGCUCAUCCUGGCACCCACUCGUGAAUUGGCGCAACAAAUUGAAGAGGAAGCACGCAAGUUUGCCACGCCACUAGGGUUCAGAACUGCUGUCUUAGUCGGUGGUCAUUCCAUCGAAGAACAGUCAUUCCAAAUGCGUGACGGCGCCGAAAUCAUCAUCGCGACGCCUGGUCGUCUGAACGACUGCAUCGAGCGCCGCGUUCUUGUACUCAGUCAAUGCACGUACGUCAUCAUGGAUGAAGCCGACAGGAUGAUCGACAUGGGUUUCGAAGAGCCUGUCAACAAAAUCCUCGCUGCGCUGCCCGUCAACAAUGAGAAACCUGACACGGAGGAGGCCGAAGAUGCCGAUGCCAUGAAACGUGGAUUAUAUCGCCAAACCAUGAUGUACACAGCUACUAUGCCACCGGCACUUGAGCGAAUAGCAAAGCAAUACUCGCGUCGUCCGGCCAUUGUUACCAUUGGUAAUUUGGGCGAGGCUACUGACACGGUCGAGCAACGCGUCGAGUUCAUCCAAGGAGAAGAAAAGCGCAAGAAACGACUCCAAGAAAUCCUCACAUCUGGCGAGUUUGCACCACCCAUCAUCGUCUUCGUCAACAUCAAACGCAAUUGCGACGCCAUCGCCCGCGACAUCAAACACAUGGGUUUCUCGUCUGCUACUAUGCACGGAUCCAAGACGCAGGAACAGCGUGAGGCAGCACUUGCCGCUUUGAAGUCUGGACAAACCAAUGUCCUCGUUGCAACGGAUUUGGCAGGCCGUGGAAUUGAUAUUCCAGACGUUUCUCUUGUGGUGAAUUUCAACAUGCCCAGCAGCAUUGAAGCCUAUACCCAUCGCAUUGGUCGUACAGGUCGUCAAGACAAAAAGGGUACUGCAAUUACCUUUUGGGGCAACGAAGAUGCGGAUGUGCUGUACGACUUGAAACAGAUACUCACAAAGAGCAAUCUUAGCAAGGUGCCUGAGGACUUGAGGAAGCACGAGGCGGCCCAACAAAAGGGCAAGAAGAGAGGGGAGGUCAUGGGCAAGAAUAUUACUUAG